AAAAAAAAACUAUUCUCAGGUGUGGGAAUGUCAAACAGGCCUCAACUGGCCAGGCAAAUUGAGCGGGAACAGCUUAGGCAGCUAGUUAAUCAAUGGAAUGAAAAUAGACUUGACUUAUUUAAUCUAAGCUAUCCAACUGAAGAUCUUGAAAUACAUGGUGUGAUGCGAUUUUAUUUCCAAGAAUCAAAAGACAAAGUAUCCACAAAAUGUAUUCGUAUUUCUAGUACGGCAACGACUCGAGCGGUCAUAAAUGCUUUGGUUGACAAAUUCCAUCCUGAUUUAAAAAUGCUCAGUGAUCCUGAUUAUACAUUGUGGGAAGUACAUGAAAAUGGCGAAGAGCGAUGUUUAGCACCCAAUGAAAAACCAUUACUUGUACAGUUAAACUGGCACAAAGACGAUCGGGAGGGACGAUUUUUGCUAAGGACUCAUCCUAAAAACAAUACUAUCAAGAGUUCUAUUAUUACCUUAAAUGGUAAUCAAAAACGGUUUUCCAAGAAAGAAGAAAAAGAAUUGAAAAAAAAACAUCAAAGAGCUCUGAUAUCUCAAGAACCAAAGUUAUGUGCAGCUGAGGAAUUGUACAAAGCAUUGCCGCCAACAACAUUUACACGAACAAUAUCAAAUCCAGAAGCUGUGAUGAAGAAACGACGUGAAAAAAAGAUAGCAGCAAAACUAAAAGACUUGGGUCAAGGUGGUAGUUUGAAAAUUUAUGGUUAUGAAUUGGAAUCGAGUCGUCCUUAUGUUACACUUCUCGUAUCAAUACGGGACACUGUACGGAAAAUCUUAGAAGAAACUCUGGAAAAGUAUGGAAUCAAUAGAAAUGUGGAAGAUUAUGUAUUGGUAGAGAUGCUGAUACCGGUUUCUACAAAACUUACUCACUCACUUAGCGAUUUGCGGUUUCUAAAUAUUAGUCGUCAUGAACGAAUUAUGGAUUACGACGAAUAUCCACUAUUUAGUAUAGCAAAUCAUACACCAGACCCAUCUGAAGAAGUAUUUUUUGUUGUUAAACAGCGACCAUCUCCAGGACCAAUAAGACGUACUCGUCAUGCAUCGUUAUCAUCAACGGCAGCAUUUGGCGUAGGUUACGCUGAUCCUCAAAAACUGUGUCUAAGUGCUCCUUGUACUCUGUAUAUGCGAAAUCAAUUUGCUGUCAAACCUUGCCUUGUGCAAUUAUCUUCUGGUGAGUCUUUGGUUCAUCAUGCAUAUUUCAUGCCUAGUUUUACAUGCUCUUCUGUCUUUUAUUCAGAUCCUUUCUUUACAUGUUUCUCUAAAUUGCAUUUCAACGUAAAUCCCUGCAACCAAGAUGGUUUAGAUGGAGAAGAAAUGUCAGGAACAAAGCCAAUACAACUUCCAUUUGGUGUGUUAGAUAUUGGUUCUGAUCGUUCUAUGGGUAUCAUUCUAAAUGGCCAGUUUGUCAGACCAAGGCAUGCUGUUAUCAAUUAUCAGGAUGGCAUUGUAACAAUUACAGCAUGUGAUCCAGAUGCAUUUAUUGAGGUUGAUGGUCAACGAAUUUGUCAAACUGUAGCUCUUCGUGAUGGAAAUAUUAUUGGAAUUGGUCGCACUUAUAUGUUCCGCUAUUUGAGUGCUUGGGUUUGUUCGUCAACUUUCAUUUCAAUCAUUUUUUGUCAUUACUGCCGGCUGCAAAGUUCGGAAAGGAUGGAAACUACGUUUGACAUUACUGGAAAAACGAUAUCGGUCCCAUUUGAAAAAAACAAAAUCCUAUCAGCGUCUUCAUCAUGGGUCAAUCGUGGAUCUAAUGAUGGUGCAGUCAAGAAUUUUCAUGUUUUGGGAAUUCCACUUCCAGGUUUAGCACGUGAUAUGAAACGUAAAUCUAUUUCCGAUAUUCGAUUAGCUGCUGCUGCUACUGCUACUGCUACUGCUACUACUAGAAAGCAUGAUCUAAACAAAACUCGAGCAUUGUCAUCCGAUUACUUAAAUCGACUAUUAGCGCCUACAACGUCAAAUGGUGAAAUAGCCAAAACUGUGACCAGAUUAGGAGCUGAGAAGGUAUCGUAUGCAGUAGAUACACUGCCAGCAUUAGCUGAAGUCAAAGAAGAAGUAGAAGACGAGUUUCUGAAGUAUCUAAUUUGUUCGGAAAGAGAAGAUGUGCAGUUCAAACUUACUCCAGCUUACUUGAUUUACAUAGUGGCACGUCAUCGUUUGUUAUUUCCUUGUCAAGCAGUAUCUGUCUCUGCGAGUCAAACGCGGUUUAUGGAAUUUCUCAAUAAAGUUGCUAAUCGUUUUUUUAUCUUCACAAAGUUUCAUAUUUUAUGCAUAUUACAGCAGCGGCGGUCGCGGGAAUCAUUAUCUUUUUGGUUAGCGAAUUCUAGCGAACUCUUAAAUUUUUUCAAGCAAGACAUGGAUUUAUCACUUUUCUCUAAUGGCUUGCCUCAAGAAAUGUUAGCAGCUUGUGUGGAAAAUACAUUCGGGAUGUUAGCAGCAGUGCUGAAACGCAGUCUCGAUAGUUCAUUAGAUAUAGUUCGGGAUGCAUUUCUGGAUGAUCAAUCUGCUUCACGUGAGCUUCUGUUUUCAAAAGCAUCUAAAAGAUUAAGUAUUUCUGGAUUCAUUUCAGAAAAUAUGGUUGACGUGUUAGAGGAAAUUAUGUGUUUGUUACGUUAUUGUCGACUAAACGCAGCGUUAACAAUCCAGAUAUUUUCACAGCUUUUUUAUUAUGUGAAUAUGAUGCUUUUUAAUUGGCUUGUAUCUUCGUUUGGUAUGCCAUAUUGUAGUCGGGCUUUCGGAAUUCGACUACGAACUCGUCUUGCUGCUGUAAAUGAAUGGGCCUAUCAGCAAGGCUUGGAAUUAGCUGCUGAAUGUCAUAUGGAUCGUUUAAAUCAAGCAAUAACUCUUUUGGUAACUCCGAAAACAAUUGACCAAAUCAGUAAUUUAGGUGCGACAUGCUACAAACUAAACAGUGUGCAAGUUCGAUGGUUUCUUGACCAUAUUGUACUUGAUGUUGGUGAGGAACCAGUAUCAAAUGAGCUAGUCGAAAGCAUUGUUCGACUUGCUGAAACUCAUGCAGAUGCAAUGGCAACACAAGACGAAACACCUGUACAACUUGAAGAAGAACCUGAGCUGCAAUUACCUUUUCUUCUUCCUCAAGAUGGCUACUCUCCGGAUCUCAUUCGUGGGCUUCCUCCGGCUUUGGUAGAAGCGAUUAACGGUUUUCAAGCACGAGGUCUGUGUCGUUUUUUUCCACAAAACCAUUCAUCCGGUAGUUGGACGAUAUAUUUAAAGAAUGCAUCUGUCUUUGAAGAAGAAUCAAAAACAACUGAUUUCUUCUGCACAUCACAGGGUGACAAAUCAGUUGAUUCAGUAGUGUCGAAAUCAGAAACAGGAAGACUAUCGAGUAAUAUGCAUGAGCACAAUCAUCUGUUUCACAAUGAAAGGUCACCAAUUUCAAGCAUGAGUUCGGUAUCAAAACCGAAGAGAGAUUUGGAGAUUGUAACAGUCACUCUUAAUCGUGGUAGUUCUGGUAUUGGACUAAGUAUCGUUGCCGCUCAGGGUAUUGGAGAACGUUCAAUGGGCAUUUAUGUGAAAAAAGUUGUGGAUGGAAGUGCAGCACAUAAAGAUGGUCGUCUGGAAUGUGGUGAUCAGUUGCUUUCAGUUAAUGGUCAAUCUCUUAUUGGCAUUAGUCAGGAAGACGCUGCGUCCAAAAUGUCCUUCAGCGGGCCUAUUGUAUCUUUUGAGGUAUGCAAGCAAGCGGCACGGCAUAACGGCCUUUACCAGUGGUUAAGCAAUCCACCAUCAUCGAUGCAGGUCCAUUGUGCUCUGCUUUAUUUUCUUCUUGUCUUGUAUUUAUUUCUUGGAUCGAUUCCUUCGUUACUCAUUUACUCUGCUUUGUUGAUUUUACUAAGCAUCAUAAAGCAACGAACAGCAACACUUGACAGGCGGCAGUCGCUCAUACCUGGCAUUGUUGCAGAUAAUCAUGUGUCUGUCAAUGGGAUGAAUUCUCAGCGAUUCUCACGUCAGAGUUCAGCUACAUCAACAGUCUCCAAUUUUUCUAAUCAACCUCACUUGAUGAAACACGGACGGAAUGGAGCAGUAAAUACUAGAGCUUUUCAAGGUCAUUCACGAGAUAUGGUUGUUCCUACGACCGAUCAACAGCCUGUCAAGAAUCGUUCAGUCUCGAUUUCAGAAAUUUAUGAGAACUCAACUGAUCCGUCGUUAACAGUGUCACUGGCAUCAUUGCAACCGGCUGUUGGUAAUAAAGCAGUUCCAGUGCAGAAUGGAGUAAAUACCACAACUUCACAACGUACUAGUUUACCAUCUCAUUAUCGGAAUAUUCGUCCUAUUGUUAUCCAGCCUUCACGUCCCAUAUCAUCACCAACUUUACGUCAGCAGCAGUAUUAUAAUGCUAGAUCACGUUCACCAUCUCAUCUUUAUAUUACCCCUUCAUCUUCCAAUCAACAUCUAAAUAUGGCCUUAAAAAAUCCAUCGUCGGUUCGUUAUUUUUCUUACAGCAGUUUUGAAAUUAUGUUCACAAGCAUCAUUUUAGAUUUAUAUUUUAUUGCUAGAACUGGCUCAGCAGAAUUAAUGUCGCGUGCUUCAACAUCAGUAAUUACCGAUUACGCAAAUUUACCCUUGGUUGAUAAACAUCAGUCUACCUAUGAAUCAUAUUCUCCGUCUGCUCAUUCCCGUAGCACUCUACCAAAUCGUCAUGCACUUUCAUGCAAUUCCAAUUUGUGCUGUGGUAAUCAGUUCCAAGCAACUGACGGGAACUCUGCGUCACGUAAACAAAAUUCUCUCCCUUCUUCUUCAUCUCAGGAUUCUAUUCGAUCAGCAUCGAGGACAACAAGACAAGAGCGAGAAAAUGAAAUAACUUUAAAUGAAUGUUCGGAAGAUUCAAAUUGCCUUACAAAAAAGGCACCACCUGUACCACCUAAACGCCGUACUACUGCAAGUAGACGUGAGGAAUUGAACAAAUGUCUAGAUGAGCUGGAAUCUAAAGGUUCAGAAAUGACUGAAACUGAUCAUCAAAAAUAUCGUGAAUUAGUCAACGAACUAGCGAAAAUUCCAGUACCUUUUUCUAUUCAACCAUGUUCGAGCCAGAUAACCAGUAAUCGAACCAUGGGAGAUUUGGAAAAAGUAGAACUAGAUGAAAAUGGCAAAACCAGAGCAAUUGGCGAAGGAUAUGUAGAAGAAAACGAAGAUUCUUCACCAAAUUAUGAAAAUAUCUGUCGAACACAAAAAAAAAAGUGCGUACAAUGGAAUGACACAGUUGGAGAUACUUUUGAGAGAGCAGAUGCAAGUAAUAAUAAUGUGUAUGAAGAUGAUGAUGACCCGCCAGAACCAAGAGCUCAGGUACUCGGGACUCAGGAGGUAUAUCGAGACCCACGACAAGUGCGUCUUAUCGAAUUGAAAGCAAAAGAAACUGCAGCUCAAGAAGCAAAGGUUGAUGGUUCUAAGCUAGGAUUUCGCGACAAAAUGCAAUUGUUUGCAGAGCAGAUCGGUGGCAAAGCUCGAAAGAGUUGUUACAAAGCAUCCACUUUACAGCGUGAAAUCGAAGAAACAGUGGAGGACUUGUGA